CCUGGCCUGGCCCGUAAAUCCCGACGACCACCUUUCCCCAUUUUCUUAUUUUUGCCUUUUGGCCGCAGCGUCGCAUGGAUUAGCACAUCCCCCAAAGGGUGUCGACCCCCCGAACAUAAUAGAGAGAGCUGAGAAGCUGGGCUUCUCUGAUCUUUGCGUGCUUUGUUUCCGUCUCUCUGCGCUAGCUCCGAGCUUUGUCCACGCAAGCGCCGCAAGCCUUUUUAUUUUUAUCCCCCUGUCCUAUUGCUGUAGUCAGCCCUGGUCCAUGGCCGACAUUGUCGCGCGGCUGUGAGAACAACCACUUUCAGAGACGGCACCAUCUGAGGGCCGGACAUCCGGACUCCUUUGUGUGUCUGCUCUGCGGCUCAGGGAGCCCUAAAAGACGACUGUUUCCGCCUCGUGCCGACAUCAACGCCCAGCGAUCGAGUUCCCAGCCGCCUCAGCGCUCCGAUGGCUCCAUCAAACAUCAAAGUCCCCGGAAAGGGCGCGUCGGCGUCGCUGGCAACACCCACAUUCCACAUUGCGACGACCACGCUCAAGGUCGGCGGUAUGACCUGCGGCGCUUGUACCUCUGCGGUCGAAUCCGGAUUCAAGGGCGUCGAUGGCGUUGGAAACGUCUCGGUGAGCUUGGUGAUGGAACGGGCGGUGGUCAUGCACGACCCCCAAAAGAUCUCGGCCGAAAUGAUACAGGAAAUCAUCGAGGAUCGCGGCUUCGACGCCGAGGUUCUCGCGACCGACCUACCAUCUCCUCUGCCGAGCCGGACAAAAUUCGACGACAACGCCGACGGGCCCCCGAUCAUGGUGACGACGGUUGCUAUCGAGGGCAUGACUUGCGGCGCCUGCACAUCGGCCGUGGAGGGCGCCUUCAAGGAUGUGGCAGGUGUCAAGAACUUUAGCAUAUCUCUGCUCUCUGAGAGGGCCGUGAUCGACCACGACGCUUCGGUCCUUAGCGCCGACCAGAUCGCCGAGAUGAUUGAGGACAGAGGGUUUGGUGCCACGAUCGUGGAAAGCGAGGAGAAAGAAUCGGAACAAAGAGGGGGUGCCAGUAGCAAACAGCCUGCCACGGCGGUCACAACGGUGGCAAUCGAGGGCAUGACCUGCGGAGCCUGCACGUCGGCCAUCGAGGGCGGGUUCAAGGACGUGGAGGGUGUCGUUCGCUUCAACAUCAGCCUGCUCGCCGAGCGCGCCGUCAUCACACACGAGCCCAGCGUCCUGAGCGCGGAGAAGAUCGCCGAGAUCAUUGAGGACCGGGGCUUCGACGCCAAUAUCCUAUCGACCGUCCUCGAUGCUUCGGAUGCCUCCCGGGCGGCAGCCACCUCACAGUUCAAGCUUUACGGCAACCUGGACGCCACCGCCGCAACCGGGCUGGAGCAGAGGUUAACCAAACUGGCGGGUGUCCAGUCCGCCAAAAUCAGCCUGGCCACGUCGAGGCUGACGGUUGUCCACUUCCCCACCGUCAUUGGCCUCCGAGCCAUCGUCGAGUCUGUUGAGCAGGCGGGAUUCAACGCCCUCGUUGCGGAUAACGACGACAACAACGCCCAGCUUGAAUCCCUCGCCAAGACCAGGGAGAUCAACGAGUGGCGCAGAGCCUUCAGGGUUUCCCUCUCCUUUGCAAUUCCAGUCUUCCUCCUCAACAUGGUCUGCCCAAUGCUGCUGCCGGCGGUAGCCGAUAUUUGGAUCCUGCCAGGCCUCUACAUCGUCGACAUCGCGUCCCUGGUAUUAACGUUGCCUGUACAGUUCGGCAUUGGCAAGCGGUUCUACGUUUCCGCGUACAAGUCCAUCAAGCAUGGAUCCCCGACCAUGGACGUCCUUGUGGUACUGGGCACGUCGUCCGCCUUUUUCUUCAGCUGUGUGGCGAUGCUCAUCUCGUUCCUGUUUGAGCCACAUACGCGCCCGCACACCAUCUUCGAGACCAGCACUAUGUUGAUCACCUUCAUUACGCUGGGACGUUUCCUCGAGAACAACGCCAAGGGUCAGACCUCCAAGGCUCUGUCGAGGCUGAUGUCCCUGGCUCCGUCGAUGGCCACCAUCUACGCCGACCCAAUCGCAGCGGAGAAGGCUGCCGAGACUUGGUCCGAUGGUGCUGCCUCCAGUGAGGCCAAGGAGUCGGCCCAGGAGGGGAAUGCGGCCGAGGAGAAGGUCAUUCCCACAGAGCUGAUCCAGGUUGGUGACGUUGUCAUUCUGCGGCCCGGCGAUAAGAUCCCGGCCGACGGCAUGAUUGUCCAGGGCGAGACCUAUGUCGACGAGAGCAUGGUCACGGGCGAGGCGAUGCCCGUGCAGAAGAAGAAGGGCAGCUGGCUCAUCGGCGGCACCGUCAACGGGCACGGCCGGGUCGACUUCCGCGUCACCCGGGCCGGCCGCGACACACAGCUCAGCCAGAUCGUCAAGCUCGUCCAGGAUGCGCAGACGACGCGGGCGCCGAUCCAGAGGCUCGCCGACACUCUUGCUGGCUACUUUGUUCCCUGCAUCCUUGUUCUCGGAUUCCUCACGUUUGCGACGUGGAUGGUUCUGUCUCACGUCCUCUCCAACCCGCCCAAGAUCUUCCUGGAGGAGAAGAGCGGAGGCAAGAUCUUUGUCUGCAUCCAGCUCUGUAUCUCGGUCAUCGUGUUCGCCUGCCCUUGCGCGCUUGGUCUCGCCACCCCGACUGCUGUCAUGGUUGGGACGGGUGUCGGUGCCGAGCAGGGCAUCCUGGUAAAGGGUGGUGCUGCUCUUGAAACUGCAACCAAGAUCACCAAGGUGGUUCUGGACAAGACCGGCACCAUCACCUACGGCAAGAUGCGCGUGGCUGAGGCCAUCGUGGCGCCGCACUGGCAGGACAGCGAAUGGCGCCGGCGCAUGUGGUGGACCAUUGUUGGCCUGGCGGAAAUGGGAAGCGAGCAUCCUGUAGGCAAGGCCGUCCUUGGAGCAGCCAAGACUGAGCUCGGUCUCGACUCUGAGGGUAUGAUCGACGGCAGCGUGGGCGACUUCGCUGCGGCCGUCGGCCGGGGUAUCAGCGCCCUGGUCGAGCCGGCGUCGGACAGUGAGCGGCAUCGGUUCAAGGUCCUGGUGGGCAAUGUCAAGUUCCUGGCCGAGAACAAUGUCGCUGUCCCCGAGGACGCUAUCCAGGCAUCAGAGCUUGUCAACGACAAGGCUGCGAAACGCUCAAAGUCGUCCCGCGCGUCGUCUGCCGGAACUACCAACAUCUUCAUCGCCAUCGAUGGCAAGUACUCGGGCCACCUCUGCCUCGCGGACACAAUCAAGGAGGGCGCGGCGGCCGCGAUUGCGGUGUUGCACCGCAUGGGCAUCAAAACGGCAAUCGUGACAGGAGACCAGAGGAGCACAGCUGUGGCGGUGGCUGCCGUGGUGGGCAUCGCGCCCGAAAACGUGUAUGCCGGCGUUUCUCCGGACAUGAAGCAGACCAUCGUGCAGCAGAUGCAGGACGAGGGCGAGGUGGUGGCCAUGGUGGGCGACGGCAUCAAUGACUCGCCGGCGCUGGCGACGGCGGACGUGGGCAUCGCCAUGUCCUCGGGCACCGACGUGGCCAUGGAGGCGGCCGACGUGGUGCUGAUGCGGCCCGACGACCUCAUGAACAUCCCGGCGUCGCUGCACCUGGCGCGCUACAUCUUCAACCGCAUCAAGAUGAACCUGGCCUGGGCGUGCAUGUACAACGUGGUCGGUCUGCCCUUCGCCAUGGGCGUGUUCCUCCCCCUCGGCCUCCACCUGCACCCCAUGGCGGCGGGCGCGGCCAUGGCGCUGUCGAGCGUCAGCGUCGUGCUCAGCAGCCUGCUGCUCAAGUUCUGGAGCAGGCCCUCGUACAUGGACGAGGCCCUGUACGACGAGCGCGGCGGGCUCCGUAGGAAGGGCUGGGGUUGGGGUCCCUUAGGGGGCUUGCUGGUCCUCGCCCGCGACCUCUUCGACCGGGUCUCGGGCCGCGCCCGUGGCAAGAGGAGAGACGAGGGAUACGUACCACUCUCGAACCUGGAUGCCGCUUAGGGUUCGGGUCACUGCAGACGGGCGGUGACUGUCCGGCUCCGUACCCCCCGCUCUGCAGCAAGAAGCUUGUACAUAUCUGCUGUGGUAUCUGGCGUCAUUUUGCAUACUAUAUUUUUGCCACUUAGUAUUUAGAGCAUAGCGUUCUUUUAGCUGGAGAAGUCUGUUGUUGUUUUUCGUCGUAUAUACUGCUAUUUAUUGCACAUGUUUCUAUCAAGCUUGUCUGCCCAAACAAACCCUCUGUUAUGUGUAAGACUGCCAUCUGUGGAAAUGAUGACGUCUGCUGUGUGACCAACAGUC